UUCAGUUUAUGUAUUUAUUUUAAGUUAGAACAGAUAGUUCAAAAACAUUUCGUAAACACCUCGAAGGUGCGAAUAUGUGUUGCGUUUUUACAUAAGUGACGCGAAUACCCACAUGAUCUGCAUGAUUACAAUAAAUAUAUGCAUGUACUUAUUUAGCGACCAAAAUUAAUGUGCACGUUAACCCGAUGGAUGUCUGUCUAUUUCUGGCAAAAAUGUGACGAUUUUCAAAUUUCAAAUCAUGUCUGUCUAAACGAAGAAUCCGAUCCUGCAAAACUUUCCCUAGUUUUGACCGAUCUACUCCAGAAAAGCUAUCCCAUCGGGAAACCGCUGUGGGAGAUUGUAUCGCUACCUAAUUAUGCGCAUGUGGAGUAUGGAACAUUUUCGGCUGUAGGAAUCAGAAUGCAUCACACGCUCGGUGAUGGAUUAGCAUUAAUGAACUUAGUUCGCGACCUGUGUGACAAAGAUGUCGCGCUUGACGAGGAAAUGAAUCGACUGCUAAAGGCCGUCAGGAAGAACAACACGUUAAAUUUCUGGGAAAAAAUGUGCUACCUUUUCCAACUCAUAUUCAUAGCCCCGUCAGAAACAUUGUACUGUUGGUUGCAAGGGAUUAAUUCACAAAGCAUCCCUCAUGAUUUUAAAGAAGAUGCGGACAUUGGGCCUGAUGGAAUAAUAAUUGUGUCUACACUUAUUGAUCUAACCUUGCUGAAACGAAUUUCUAAAAAGAUUGGGGCCAAAGUGACCUCGGUAAUUCAUGCCGGUGUGGCUGGAGCAGUGCGAAGGACAAUUCUGGACAGGGGUGGUGACCCAAGAGGAGAUUCUACAGCUGUCUACAGCUUUCCAAAGUUGAAUCAUCCAGGAUUAUUGUUGAACAAUGUGUUCGGCGUGCCUUUGAUCAUCCCCAUGUCCCCUGAAGCGGACAUUUUUCAACGAGUCAGAAAUAUUUCCAAACAAUUUGACCGCAUCCUCCACUCCGCCCUGCCGAUGGGAAUGAUUGCAAAUUGUAACAUUUUUGGCUUACUGCUUGGCGUCGUCGGGCAGACUAGGUUCAUGCCGAAUAGGUGCACGUACAUUCAUACGAAUCUCGCCUACUUUGGUGAACCAAUCAAAAUGUUUGGAACCAUUUUGGAAAGAGGGGUCAUCGUGGCGGGGCUUCAGCGCAAGAAAAAUCCUCUCAUCGUGAUGACGGAGAGUUAUAAUGGCAAAUUGGGUUUGAACCUGGUCGGAGAUAAGGGAGUUUUUCCAGACGAAAAGAGUUUAAGCAGAGUUGCGUCCUAUGUUGAGGAUGAGUUUAAGUUAAUGGAUGGCCAAUUUACUAAUUGUAAUGCUGCACCUGUAACUUACUUUGUGUAGGAGAAUAACGUAGUUUUUAAUAAUGUACUAUAAUGUAUGUAUAUUAUUUAGUAGUUAAGCUGUUACGAUUCUCACCAACCAGAAUCCAGUAGUCACCUACAACAAGGUAUGGGUAUUUGGCACUCCAAAAACCUUGAGAUCUCAAAUCCAAAUUUGCAAUUUUUAGCCUACACUCAUUUUCCAUUUCAUUCGCUGACAUAAAUUUUUUAGGAAAAAUUAAAAUUACUGAUGAAAUUCAAUGUACGUAAUAAAUCGAAUAUCUCUCUAAGAGGAAAAAAAUAAUUAACCCUAAAUAACUAAUCCUAAGCUGAACAGGUAUUUCCUGCAUCUUGGAUAGUUCAUCUGUAGAUGGUCAAGGCAUUAAAAUAAUCUACUUGUACAUAAGUCUUGUGUGUACAUUACAACUACAUAGAUACAUGUAAUUUUUACCUGGGGUAUUCAUUUCAUUGGACCUGUAUACCCGUCAGGGUUAUAUAUAUGUACAUAUGUACGUGUAUGUAAUUCGGUCGAAUUAAACUUGGGUACUCGGAUUUCAGUUUGCAAUGAGCCAACUAGAUCGACUUGUCUUCAAUAAACAAGUGUAAUAAUUAUAAUUGGUUGCUAAAGGUAGAAAAUAAAAAUGGCGAAUGAAUGGUGUCUGAGUGGUGUCUGUCUCGUAUUAAGUAUGUGAUAUACAAUUUAAAAAAACUUGGUAGACAAGCUGGUUCUGGAUAAACAAAAAUUUCAAUCUACUUCUGACUAACAAUGCGUAAGCAUGAGGUGGUUUUCUCCGAUUUUACCAAACUAAGUUUCGGUUAUUCACGCCAAAAAUAGGAGCACAUAUAUUUUUGUUUUUCCUAAUUUGUUGGUCUUUGGAAGAAGUUUAAAACAAAUUUGUAGACAGAAUCAAGAUUUUUUCAAACUGUAACUGUAACUUUGUAAAGUAUAACCUGAUUUCAAAAAUUCGAAAGAAUAUUUACUCGGAAUGACUUCCCCGAGCUUAGA